AGCCGCAGCCCCGCUGCACCAGCGGGAGCAUCCCAGGAGCACAUCCGGCUCCUUGUCUGGCAGCGUGGCCCGAUGCGGGCAAACCUCAGUGUGGUUGACGCGUCCCCCCGCAGCCGUGACACUCGGCGCGGGAGCACUCGGGUCGCCCGUGCCGGGGGAAGGCGCUCGGCGGCGCCAGGGAGCGGCGGUGCCGCCCGCGGGCCCCUCGGCGGGAGCGGGAACCGAGGCCGGUCCUGGAUGUAGGAAAUAUGAAUGACUGGCAGAGAAAAAGCCCUCUAGAUUGGGAAACGUAUGUGAACAAAUUGGUGAAAGUUGUUGCAGUUGAGAAACAUGAAUAUGAAGGAUGGGUUUUAACAGUUGACCCAGUUUCUGCCACCAUUGUCCUUGCAACAUUCCCAGAGAACGAGAAAGGGUCCAUAUCAUUCAUCAUGGGCCAUGCCAUCCAGGAGGUGGAAAUACUGCGGGAAGGGGACAGUGACAUGAAGCAGCGCCUCGCUCGCAUCUCCGCACCCGAGGAAAGCCAAGCCUACAGCCCGGAGGAGCUGGAGAAGAGGAGGAAGGCCUUGAAGAGCUGGCUGGAGACAAACCACAUCCCGGUGGGGGAGCAGGGGGAGCAGGGCAGGACGCUGAGCGUGGCGGGGGUGCUGACCAUCGAGCCGCCCUACGGCCCCGAGCAGUGCAGCAGCGCCAACGAGAUCAUCCUGUCGCGCGUGCAGGACCUGCUGCAGGGCUACCUCGGCCAGCAGCGCCCGGGCCCUGCCCAGGAACCCUUCUGCCUCUAGGAGCACGUUCACUGCUUGCAGAAAUGCCGCCUUUUGGGUGCUUUUGUCUUGAUUUUUUUGUACGUAAAGGAGAAGUGUAAACUCAAAGCGCAAGCGUUUUUUCAUGUUCUGUUAUUAUUAAGAGCAAGCUGUUGGAUGAUGCUGAUGUAUUAGACUGAUUUAUCAGUUUGACUCGUCAGUUCAGAAUUUUUGUAACAAUAUUGUAAAAUAUGAUAUAU